AUGACAAAGAUCAAUCGUAAAAGGUACACUAAGGAAGAUCAGGUGUCUCCUUUGAAUUUUGGGCUGACAAAAGAGCAGGUAGAAAAAACCAAGAAUGGGACGACAAGGUGUGAAAAUGAUGAUAUAGCAAAUUCAAAGGCUGAUCAUGACAAAUGUUUGGCGGUUUUGACACGAAGUGGGAAAAUAACAGGUGGUGAUGUGAAGGUGAAUGAUGAGUUAAACACUAGUGGAGAAAAGAAAGACACCAUUGAUGUAGAGAGGUCCGACCAAGCACCGGAUAAUAACAUGCCCGAAGAGGAGGAAGAAUGUACAAGGCAAAUCACCACCAGGGAGCUACAAAUAGCUAAAGAAAGGGCUACGUUUUCUUCAAAGUUGACACUUUCCAUAAACCUUCCUUUAGUGGAAGCAUUAUUGGAGAUGCCGGGAUAUGCGAAAUUCGUGAAGGAAUUGGUCACUAAGAAAAUAAGUAUGGAUUUUGAAAUGAUUGAAGUCUCUCACAAUUGUAGUGUAGUUAUGACCAGUGAUUUGAUCACAAAAAAAGAGGAUCCGGGAGCAUUUACUAUCCCAAGUACCAUUGGGAUGCUUCAGUUUGCCAAGGCUUUGUGCGACUUAGGGGAGAGUAUUAACUUGAUGUCGUACACCAUCUUCAAGCAACUUGGGCUGGGUGAACCUAAAUCCACAACAAUGCGACUUCUCAUGGCUUACCGGUCCAUUAAACAUCGUGCCUAUUAUCUCGGUAGACCAUUUUUGGCUACCGAAAGAGCUCUAGUGGACGUUGAAAGUGGUGAGUUAAAGUUCCGGGUAAAUGAUGAGGAAGUUACAUUCAAUGCGUGCAAAUCGAUGAAGCAACCUAGUGACAUUCAUGUGGUUUCAACAAUUGAUGUGAUUGAUGAAGCAGUGGCUAGUGUGAGUGAAAUGAUGUGUAUGGGUGAACCCCUUGUUGUUGUUCUUUCAAAUUAUGAUGGGGAUGAAGUUCAAGGGUAUGAUGAAGUUGUGGCUGCUCUAUCGGGACUAGGUGCUCAUUCAAGAAACCCAUUGAAGCUAGAUAAUGAUCUAAAAUAUCGAGAGAGUCCCCCCGCCAAACCAUCCAAAGAAGAACCUCCAAAACUUGCGUUGAAAGUGCUCCCAUCUCAUCUUCAAUAUGUAUUUUUGGGAGCAAACAAUACCUUACCCGUCAUCAUUGCAACAAACUUGCUUUAA